AUGGAAGCAACCAAAUUCUUAUCCUCCACCAUUCUUCCUCUCCAUCAUGGAGUUUCUUCCUCAUUGCUAUGUCGAAAGAACGAUGUGAAAAAGCCCUACAUCUUAAGCAUGGGUGGGAGUAGAGGAUCAGAAGGGCGAGAUUAUGAGGGAAAGCUGGUGGAUGAGAACAUGAUUGUGCUGCGAAUGCGCAUUCGAGAGAAGAAAUUGUCGGAGGCAAAGUAUGAGCCGCCUUCGAAUUGGAUGGAGUGGGAAAGGAAAUAUUAUUUGCAUUAUAAUCAGGAUAUCUGUGAAGCAAUGGGGCUGUUGCAGAGUUAUUUGAUGAACAUUAGGCCAGGUAUAGCGGUUGGGAUGAUAGGUGUUGUUGCAAUGAGUGUGGCCAUUUCUACUGGGUUGCUCUUGUUUCAAGCUGUGGAAUUGGCUAAGAUCAUCUUAUUUGGGUUUCACUUAACGUAA